AGUGACAGGAGGCAGCGAACACUCUCCUGCUCAGCUUGUUAUCUGCGCGGUGGGUUGUGGGUGUGAGCGUCGAAGUAAAAUGGCGGACUUGGCAAACGAAGACAAGCCUGCCAUAGCGCCACCUGUGUUUGUUUUCCAAAAAGAUAAAGCACAGAAGCGAUCUGCGGAAGGCUCAAGUGCAGAGGAUGGGGAAGAUUCAGAUAAAGACGAGGGGAGCUAUUGCCCCCCUGUGAAAAGGGAACGGACGUCAUCGUUCCCACCCCCACAUUCUGUUCCCAAGAACAAUGUAUUCAUGCCCUCAAGUUUCUGCCAGUCUCCAACUGGGAACUCUGACUCUGAGCCAGAGGAGAAGCCUGUGGGAUUCCGUUUAAAGCCACCAACUCUCAUACAUGGACAGGCACCAAGUUCAGGCGUCCCAAGUCAGAAACCCAAGGAGCAGCAACGCAGUGUCCUCCGCCCUGCAGUUCUUCAGGCACCGCCCUCUAAAUCACAUAUAGAGUCCAAUUCCAGUUGUGGAACUAACGGUGUGAAAAAGUCGUCAGAUGGGGAAGCUGUGACACAGUCACUCUUCUUGAACAACACAGAGCACUCAGCCUCCCUGGGCAGGUCACAGAAACAUGAAAAUGAGGAAGAUGGAGCAAGUGGUAACAAAGACGAAAGAGAGAAGAAGGAGACGGAUGUAGCAAUAUCUUUUGUGUUUGGUCAGAAUAUCAAAGACAGAGCAAAGUUGGAAGAGAACAGUACAGAAGGCAAGUCAAAGGAUGGCGUUCCACUGGACUCUCAAUCAGAGGCCACUAAUUAUUUCUUACAGUACAUCUCUACCCCAAGUUCAAAAAAUGCCACAAACAGUACAGACAGUGGGGCAAAAUUUGUUUUUGGGCAGAACAUGUCUGAACGAGUUCUGAGUCCCCCAAAGGGUGAAUCCUCAAAUGAGGAAAAUAAAGAAGUUCCAGCUGCCCCUGUUUCAGAGCCCUCAUCACAGGAAGCCACCCCAGAGAAGGUGAAUAGCGUGUCAGAGUCUUUGGAGGAGUCUGCAGCAGCGUACACCAAAGCCACAGCCAAGAAGUGCGUCUUAGAGAAAGUCGACGUCAAAACUGGAGAGGAAUCAGAAAGCAAUGUUUUACAGAUGCAGUGCAAGUUAUAUGUUUUUGAGAAGACUGCUCAGUCGUGGAUAGAGAGAGGUCGAGGUUUGCUGAGGCUCAACGACAUGGCAUCAACGGAGGACGGCACGCUACAGUCUCGUCUAGUGAUGAGGACCCAGGGCAGCCUCCGGUUGAUCCUCAACACUAAACUUUGGCCCCAGAUGCAGGUGGACAAAGCUAGCGAGAAGAGUGUACGAAUCACUGCCAUGGACACAGAGGACCAGGGCGUCAAGGUUUUCCUAAUAUCGGGUAGCUCUAAGGACGUAGGUCAGCUGGCUGCAGCGUUACAUCACCGUAUCUUAGCCCUGAAGAGCAGGGCGGACCAGGAGCCUGAAACCCCAACAACAACCAUCCCCGAGGCCGAGGUACCACAGUCCAACGAGGAUGACAGCGACGAGGAGGACAAUGCCUCUGCCUCAGCUUCAGCCUCCACUCCUGCUACGAGUAAUUCUGAGGGAGGAGAGAGCCAGGCAGCAGGAAGCACAUAGCGUCACUCUUGGACAGCCUGCUAACAUGCUGCCAUUGAGGCAUUUUUGCUGUAGGCAUCUCCAUGGACACCCCUUGACCAACAUGGGUCCUCCAGACCAGUACUUUUGGAUAUUAGAAGUCUAGCUCCAGGAAAUAACCCCUUGUGCCGGAGUGUCUCACCCAACUCGUGCAGUUCAUCUUCUCUGCAUUCAACGUAAUAUCUGGAGUCGUUCCUUCCCUCCCUCUCCUGUUUUGUGUUUUAUUUUUGUUUUCGAGUAUUUUUUUCCUCUCCCCGAUAGCAAAAAUAAAGACUUCAAAGCUUUGGUUUGGGACUUUUCUGCUCAUCAUAUUGAUGAGUGUAAGGGUGUUUUCCUCUACAUUUUAAGGUAUGGCACAUGUUAAGACUGCAGUUUCUACUUUGGGACCUUUUUACUCACUCUACGGCCGUGCCUCUGGACGCCACACAUCCAGAGGAGCUUCAUUCACAGUGUAUUUGACUAGUCAUCAGUCAGUUGUUCCUACAUUGAGUCCAGCCAUCCUCCUAUCCACCAGCCCUGCCCAUCCCAUCCCAUCCUAACCAGUCUGUGCGUUAGGUUUUGGCAAAUGUAAUUUAUUUUGGAUUGUCAUUUUCAUCAGGCAUCUCAACACAUAUGUGCUGUUUGUAAUGGCUAGCCAAGACCACUCAAGUUGUCAUUAAUAGCAGUUUCUUAUAUUUCCUAUUGACCUAUAUUAUACAUAAUAAAAGACUGAAACAAUA